GUUUCAACGUUACUUAUAGUUUAGGAUGUGAUAUUCGAAACUCAAGUUUGUUUGUUUAUUUGUGUUAAUUUUCUUCGCCAUUUUCAACAGUAUUUCUGUCAACGAAACUCAAGUGGAAUAUACUGAAGUGGGGGAAACCAACAGUCUCGUGUCAACGUGUCUUUGUAGUGUCUCUUGAGACCGAUUUUGAUUACUGAGGGAACAUUUAAAAAUGUUCAACGGCACGGAGAAGCGGUUGUUCGUACACAUAUACCCGUUAUAUUUGGACAGUUGAUAUUAAAUUUUUACAGAAAAAGUUGUUUUCUUCUUAAUAAAACAGUAUGUGCUUUAAUGCAUCAUAUUGUAUUACCCAAACAUCUGAAGUUAUCAGCGAACACUGCAUUAAGAGAAAAACAGUCCCUUGUUCGGACAGAUAUAUCUUUCUAUAAGAAUGAAAUUUAUUAAUGACAUCUUUUUGGGAGCAACAAUCCAAUCUUAUAUUCUGCAGACGGUCUGCUUUUAUAAAAAUUACAUAAAUGGAUUUAUGCACUGAAGCAAGAUGGGUGAACUAUCAAGACAAUGUUUUCUAUUGAUAUUCAUUGCGUGCUUAUGCAUGUGCGUAGACAGGGUGUUGUUAUUUAAAUUGCCUGUCAAAAACGAUGCUGGUGGAAUAGAACUAGUCCCAGACGAUAAUGAAACAGACGGCAUUUAUCGAGUUACGAAUGGAGACCAAUUUGCGACUCGUGCUUUCAAACCUCGGGGAUUACAACAAAGGGCGAUUCAGGUCAGCCAACCAAAGCAAGGUUUAACCUUAUCAGAUGGCGCCACAUAUACUUUGGCCCAUACUUCACAUAGCACGACACAUCCAGAAAACAGCUCCGAAGAAGAACACCCACCUGAGGAACACAGCGAAAAAAUGCAUGUCGCUAGUUGGAACUUUGAAAAGGUUAAAGGUCCCUUGGUCAUUGCAGUUUUUCUUUUAGCCGCUGGGAUAGCUAAACUCGGUUUUCAUCAUGCAAAUUUCUUGUCCUCAAAAGUUCCAGAAUCAUGCUUAUUGAUCAUCCUGGGGACAAUCGUCGGCGCAAUCAUAUUCUUGGCAAUUCCACCGAAUGACCAGUUCAGACCAAACAUGAGCUCCGAUCUUUUCUUCCUCUACCUUUUACCACCGAUUAUACUCGAGUCAGCCUUCAGUCUACACGACCGUACGUUUUAUGAUAACUUUGGAACGGUCCUUAUUUAUGCAGUUCUGGGAACAGUUCUCAAUUGCUUCAUGAUCGGUCCUUCACUCUUUGCGGUCUACAAGUUUGGGAUCAUGGGGGCUGGAUUUCCGGAAGUUCAGCUGGUCCAUUGCCUCGUGUUCAGCGCCGUCAUCGUCGCCGUGGAUCCUGUUGCCGUGCUUGCUAUAUUCCAAGAGGUCGGUGUGAACAACACGCUUUAUUUCUUAGUAUUCGGCGAAUCUCUGCUCAAUGACGCCGUCACUGUUGUGCUGUAUAACAUGAUGAAGACGUUGAGUCAAAUGGAGGCUGUUACGGUCGACCAGGUUUUUAUCGGGGUGCUUCAAUUUUUUGUCGUCAGUAUCGGUGGUCUGGUAAUAGGUUUGAUAUUUGGUGCAUCGACAGCUAUUCUUACCAAGUAUACAGAACAUUGUAGAGUUGUUGAACCCCUUGCUGUAUUUGUGUUCGCUUAUAUAGCCUACCUCGGGGCAGAGAUGUUCCACCUUUCCGGAAUAAUCAGUAUUAUAGCCUGCGGUCUGAUGCAGGCCCAGUAUGCAUUCCAUAACAUAUCACGAAAGUCGUACACAACUGUGAAGUACUUCAGCAAAAUGAUGAGUUCCACGUGCGACUGUGUCAUCUUCAUGUUCCUCGGGCUCAGUUUGUUCAAACCGGAGGUGCUUGACAGACGCUAUUGGCACUAUGGCUUCAUCUUGUGGUCCCUGUUGUUUUGUUUUGUCUACAGGUUCGUUGUUGUUUUUCUACUGACGUUCUUUGUCAACAGAGGCUCCCGGAUGCGCAGGAUUGAUCUCGAAGAACAAUUUAUAAUGGCGUACGGAGGACUCCGGGGUGCCGUGGCUUUCUCAUUGGUCGGAGUUCUGACCGCCAGCAAUCUGCCAACUGGUCAGUUCCUGACCACCACAAUCGCCGUCAUAUUUUUCACAGUAUUUAUUCAGGGCAGCACAAUCAAACCAUUGGUGAAGCUCCUGCGCGUCAAGAUGGAACAGAAAGAGAAGCUGUUGCUUAGCGAGGAGAUCAACAGUCACGUGACUGACCAUGUGAUGGCAGGCAUAGAGGAAAUAGCGGGGCAGAGAGGCGAGCACUAUUUCAGGGAGGUGAUCGACCACUACAACAGCCGGUAUUUGAAGCCAUUCCUGCAACGAGACCCCGUCAGCAUCGACGAUCAUAUCAUGACAUACUUUGAAAAACUCGCUCUAGAACAGCACUUCGAGCAGUUGGCAGGUUGCAAGAUGAUCAUUGACAAGUACGCAAGUGCUUCAGAAUCGGGCGAGGAUGAAGAGGAAGAGCCGGGGACACCUGAAGCUGCAGAUGAGGACGCGUCAUUUGAUGACGUCACAUUUACGGUGCCUUCCAUGACAACGAGUUUUGAUGACGACGUCACUUCCGAGCUCGACAAGGAAAUCGUCGUCAAUCAAGCUAAUCGUCGCCGGAAGUCCCUGUUUCCAGUGGCUAUGUCACAUGACCUGGAGUCCCGCCUUUUUGUGAACCCCACGGCACAGGACGUGAGAAAAAUCAUGGUGCCUUCUAGAAGACAGCAACAAUUCAAGCGCCUUGACAAGAACCUCACGAAUGAAGACAGUGAAAACGACCUGAUAAGCUAUCUGCAGAACAAACAGAUGCGAACGCGCAGACUGUCGCAGGCAAUUUGGACCCAGCCAAUUCGGGAAACUCCGGAAUUAACCGGUGAGAACAGAGGACGCCGGAAGAGUGUCGCUCCCGACGUGGCGAUCAAUAACUACCGACGGCGACUUAGUUUGGCUGCACCCGCGAUAGCAAACGACGCGGCUCGUCGGAGAGGCGUCAGUCUCGGGAACGUUAUGAAAGGCUUGGAUUCGCCGGCCCGACGCCGCCUUCGUUUGAAACGAAAGACGCUUUCUACAUCUUCAUCGGAAGAACGUCCGGAGGCUUCUAAUAGUUUUCCGUUGUCAGAUUCGAUUGCCGAAGAAGUUGAGCCCACAGGCAACGAAACAAACGCAUCCGCUCGUGAGCGCAAAAUUUCCACCCCUGCUAAGGGGAUACCUGGUGCAUGCAAGAAAACUGGCGAUGAUGUUGCCAGUAAUGGCGUCAGUGUCACUGAACCGAAGCUGGUUGUCACACAUUUCUAGCGCAUGCGCACUGCAAUUAUCCCUCCCAUACCGCAACCGCAUCGCACCCGCAUUUCACUUAUCUCUCACUCAGCAUGCCGAUAGUGGCAUGGACAAACCGAAGAUCAAUAAUCUUUGGACAAACUGAGUUUGCUGGAAGUCGCCUUGCGAGCGAGCGACUCAGGGUUUGACCCCACUUGAGGGGCUUUAAUAAUACCGACUCUUUCAUUAGAAGUGUUGACUGACGUUUGUUAAAACGCAUCGGCUUAAUCCGCCUCUUUUUAGCUUCGAAGUCGCAUAUUGAUAGAAGUCAUUUUUCGAAUGAAUUAUUUAUAAUGAAAGAACAAAGCAAUUCAAUUCAUAUCUUAAAGAACACUAUGCACAAUACAUAUUCAAAUUUGAGUCGCAUAGGCAAAAGUCAUCGCUUUAUUGCUAUGCUUUUUUGCGUUUAUUUUUUAUAAUUGAAUUGCAUGGUUUGUUUCUGUUUCGGUUAUACACUGAUAUGUGUGUUUUGCACAGUUAUUUUUUAAGCUUGAGUGCACCAAGUUCAAGCAAAGUAUUUCCCAUGAAAUUAUAAUGAUGUGUCAACGAAAAACAGUUUAAAAAUUCCGGGUGAAUGUGUUAUUUGAUUGCGUUAGGUUUUGAACGAUUAACAAUUUCGUUUUUAGAUCACAAAGAUAAAUGUCUCAAUUAGUGGACAAGGUUAAAUCACGAUGCUUCUUGAUUAGACCGUGUGGAUGUUGUUUAACAUUAUUUUAUUGCACAUAUCUAUAAGCGCAUAAUGUUAACUUAUUAUAUUUCGGAGUUCUUUACUUUGUGCUUUGUUGUAUGAAAAAAAAGCGUCUAAUAUGCACAUUUGUCUGUUUUAAGCUGAAUAUUAUUUAUGAAACAUUAAAAGUAGACGUGUCGAUUAUUGGAUUAUAUCUUGUUUUGUUCGCAAAACUAACUGACUGAUAAAAUAUCAGCUUUUUGUAUUUUCGGAUAUAGUAACACAACGAAAGAAUAUACACACAUAACAUUUCUUGAUUGUUAGUGAAAAAUAAUAUAAUGUCGAUUGUAUAGGCUUGAGGGUUGAUUGCAUGUAUUUAAAUAUGUACUAUUGAUUGUUAUUUUAUUGAAUUCAUUGAAUCCGGACUGUGAUAUAAUUU